AUGGCCAAGCAGCACUCUUCCACGUCUGCUACAAAAGGACCCGCUUUCGAGAUCCGUUUCUGCGACGACAACCGAGUACAAGUAUUUGAUCUUUCCGGACGUCGUGAUCCAACUGUGAAGCAAUUACCACUUGAAUAUCGUGAAAGCGAAGUGCUUGAAGGCAAGCUGCGUUACUCCAAAUUGAUCGGAUACUCUCCUCCUCCGCCGGAAGAUGCGACUGCGGCACAGCAGUAUAGUAGUGCUACGAUUCGACCAAAAGUCUCACGGGCCAACCAAGAGCUCGUUAUGCAGACUUCGCGCUAUAGUAGAUCUUGCUCGAUACCGCAUAAUAUAAAUGAGUACGAAGAUAUAGUGGUUGCUGACUAUGAUAUUAAUAGCAAUAACAGCAGCACUGCUACUGCUGCUGCUGCUGCUGCUGCUGCUGCUCUUUCUCCUCCUGCUACCACUGGUGCUUCUGCUUCCAGUUCGCAUGCAGCCUUUGCGGUUUAUCAGCGACCGCAAGCACCACAAACACCUCUUCCCUCAAGCGCAUAUACUACAGAGAGCAUACGGCAACCUGCGGCUGUUAAAACAGUCGAUCAUCAUUCCGAUCCAUUACAAGCACCUGUAUUGGCACCACCAACACCAGCACCGAAAAUGGCAGCGACAGCAGCUCCUCCGAGACAUUCACCAUCUCAUCAUCAUCAAUAUCAACAAAGUUCCUCAAAUAUGUACUCAAUAGCACCAUCCAUGACUUCAGAUACGAUGGUCAUUGGCGAAAAGCAUACGGCCGAUAACGAGUAUUUGUAUUCUGAAAACGAGCGACAAAAGGAAAAGGCAGGAUGCUGCUGUGUAAUUAGUUAA